AUGGGAGAUCUCGGAGAGUUUCUGCAGACAGCUGCCCUUGAGCCCAUGGGACAGGUCUCCGCCGGCCAGAUCCCUAUAGCUCCCAAACUGCUAUUGGUUCCAAAGGGCGAAUCUCCAGGAGAACUCCAUACAAAGCUCCUGGAAGUGACAAGUGCGCUGUUUAUCGCUACGGCAAUUGACGUGGUAGACAAAAAGGCCUAUAACCAACUAGGUACUGCCACACAAGUUGUUGAAGCUUUGAACAGCGUCACAAACACUGCAUACGACAAAUUCACUACGGGGUUUUCAUCCAUGCUGCAAAUCGGACCUGCCCCACGCAUUGCCAUCAAUCGAUCGGUUCCAAGGGCAGACCUCCAUCGCGAAAUCGUCAACGUGCUAUUUGAGGGUGUGGUCGGUACCACCACGAGCGUGUUGCAUGAACUGGAUGACCAACUUACUCGGUUCGUGGGCGCGCUUUCUACUCUUCCCACCGAUAUUCACGACAAGGAUAUGGGGUUCUUUUUCUUCUCUAGCCAGGUGACCCGAGAGAAUAUCGGUGGCCCGAGUAAUCCGUUCUAUUUGGAGACACCUCUGAUUAAAAUGCACCUGGUGCGAAUGAACUCCGAGGUCUAUCAGGAGCUUGUGAAGAAGGAAGACGACUCCUCACCAAAGUUUGAGAAGACACGCCAAUCUUCCCAAGCUACUGCGCAUCCCGCUACUUCCAAGCAUCCGUCCUCUACUCACCCAGAGCAAGUUCCCUUAUCCUGGAGAGACCUGCUGUUCGGAAACCAGAGCCGUCAGAAAGACGAGGGAGAAGAGGAAGACCCUGAUGAGGAUAGUGUGACUCUGAGAGCCGACUAUUUUAUCAUCAAUGGCAAGCUGAAUGCAAGCGCAUUCGACCAACGAAGAGUCCAGUUGGACAGUUUCUUGGAUGGUGUGACAGGCCAAAGUCUCAAAGAAUAUGCAGACCAAACAACGAAAGUACUCUUUGUGUAG